GGGUGGUCACCUUCAGUCUUGGUCUGUCUUGGUGGGGUGGGAGCUCAAAGUUCAACCCUUGCCUUUCGUGAAUUGCCACUGUAACAGUUUAGAUUGACUUUUUUCGAUGAAGCAUCUGUUCACAUCGAGUCCUCUUUCCCUUCUCUUUAGAUUAGAUUAGAUUAAAUUAUAAAAAUUCGGCCGUGCCACCAAAAAUAAAAAAUUCAGCUCAAGUUCAGACUGUCAAAAAGCGACCACAUUUUUUCAGCAGUUAGCAGCACCUUCCAGAAUUCCAAUUCAAUUUACCCCCUUUUUGCUCUCAGGAAGAACUAAGAUCCCACAGGCAAAAACCCAGAAGCCAAAAAAACAGGAAGGAAUCAGGGGGAAAAAAGGAAGGAAUCCGGGGGAAGGAAGGAAGGAAGGAAGGAAAGGUUAAGGAUGGCAUCGGUGGCGAUCUCUCAGUUGCCAGCCUUCUCCUCCAUUAGUCGGGGUCAGCAACUCAGCUUUCAAACCCGAUCAAAUCCCAUCCUUCGGUCCAAGAUUCUAGUUGUUAUGAGCAAAGAUGAACGCGCCACAGACAUUUCCAAUUCAGGGAUAAAGACAGCUCUAAGUUACACAGACGGUGCACCAAAAUCUCAUAAUGGAAGGUCAUUGAUAGUAGAUUCUACUGCUGAAGAACCUGUAGCUAUUAAAGGGGAGAGCGAACCUGUAGAAGAACCUAUUGCAACCCAACAAAUAAGGGCAGCCAAGAUUCAUGAUUUUUGUCUAGGAAUUCCUUUUGGUGGACUUGUUUUAUGUGGGGGCCUUGUUGGCUUCAUUUUCUCCAGAAACCCUGCAACGUUUAUAACUGGGGUGUUCUUUGGAGGUCCUCUGCUGGCCUUGAGCACUCUUAGUUUAACAGUCUGGAGAAAAGGGAAAUCUAGCCUGCCCUUCAUGCUAGGUCAAGCAGUGCUUGCUGCAGUCCUCAUACGGAAGAACACUCAGACAUACUCAUUGACACAAAAGCUAUUUCCCUCCGGCUUUUAUGCUGCAAUUAGUGCUGCAAUGCUGUGCUUCUACGCCUAUGUGAUGAUUUCUGGCGGUAACCCACCACCAAAGAAGAAGUUGUCUGCUGCUGUCCGGUCAUGAUAAGAAGAUUCCCAGAAGGUCAAAUUGAUUCUUAAUUUCGUUUUGAACAUUUUUUGUCUAGUGCUUCGUAUGUGAGGUUGGAUUUAUAAGCGAAGGCUAGGCUUUAUAUAUAGCAAUACAACCAACUAAAUAAUUGGAUAGAUUGGAUUACUUGUAGAAUUGCUGUUGGCUUUGUGAAUGUGUGAUAGUGUAAGUUAAAGUAAAAUAAACAGUUUACUUGCUAUGUUUUUUUU